CGUUUCCGGUCCUGGUUUGUUGUUUCUAUGGUUGUUUCUCCCCGGUAAAACAUGACCAAGCUGCAGCUGCUCAACGCCUACCUGACGGAGCGGCUCGCCGCGCUGGUGCAGGAGGUGCUGGACGUGGUGACCGACACCGUGGCCGAGUACCGGGAGGAGGCGGCGCGGAGCCGCCGGGAGAGCGACGGGCUCCGGCGGCAGCUGCGGGACAUCCUGCUGCUGGAGGCCGACGGAGACUGGCUGAGGUCCGGUAGUUCCGGUGUCGGAGCUCUGGCUCCGCCCACCGAGCAGCAGCAGCCGAGGCCUCGGUCCGAGGAGCCGGACUCCACCCUGAACCAGCUAGCGGCUAACGUGGCUAACCGGCCCGGGCCCGAGCAUGUGGUUUCCGUGAAGCUGCUAGCGGUGCAGAGGGAGACGCCGCCACCGCCACCGGCUACAGCAGCUCAGCUAGCGGAGGACGAGAAGCCCGGCGAGUCGUGGGAACCGACGCCCAAACGCGACCAGGAGGCCGUCAGCAGGACGACGCCGCCGCCGCUAGCGUCUCCGUCCACCUCGGCGCCCAGAGUCCACGUGGACGAGGAGACUCCGGCCGCCGCAAACCGGAUCAAAACCGAAGCCGUUAGCGACGCCGAACGUCAGCCGGAGCCCGCAGCAGUGGCGAGCGCCCACGCGGCGCAACGAGUGGCGGUGCGACAGGACGCUCACGGAAACAGGAAGUCGUCCCAGGAGGAGCAGCCGGCGGCAGCGGCGGCGGAGGCAGCAUCCGCAGCCGCGGCGGUCGCUAGCUUCCUCCCUGAGCUGGUGCACCGCUGCCCGCGCUGCGGCGACGCCUUCAGCGGCGCCGACAGCCUGCGCCACCACCUGGAGCAGCGCCGGAAGACGUACGCCUGCGACUGGUGCUGCAAGUCCUUCGCGCAGUCGGCCGACCUGCGGCGCCACCUGCGCACGCACACGGGCGAGCGGCCGCACCGCUGCACCUUCUGCUCCAAGAGCUUCAGCCAGCGCGGGAACCUGCGGCGCCACCUGCGCAUCCACACGGGCGAGCGGCCGUACGGCUGCCCGUUCUGCUGCCGCACCUUCAGCGACGGCGACACCAUGAAGAAGCACAAACGGACGCACUCGGGCGAGAAGCCGCACCGCUGCGCGCGCUGUGGCAAGAGCUUCGGCAGCGCCGGCGGCCUGCAGCUGCACGCCCGGAAGGACAUGUGCUUCGUCUCCGACGCCUGAGUGGACGGUUGGAACGGUUCAGGGACGCUAGCGUCCUCCGCUAGCCGAUAAUCGGAGCUGACUUUCUCUGUGGUCCGAGACACUGCUAGCUAAACUACGACACCAGUUCAACCCGCGGCUGCAGAGUUUCAAUGGGGAAGUUAAACCGAAACGAGAGCUAGCUCAACAGCGCAGUACGAGCUAGUUACCACCGGCGUACGGGCCAGGUACCGGCGUACGAGCUAGGUACCGCCGUACGGGUUAGGUACCGCCGUACGGGUUAGGUACCGCCGUACGGGUUAGGUACUGCCGUACGGGCCGGGUACCGCCGUACGGGUUAGGUACUGCCGUACGGGCCGGGUACCGCCGUACGGGUUAGGUACUGCCGUACGGGCCGGGUACCGCCGUACGGGCCGGGUACCGCCGUACGGGUUAGGUACUGCCGUACGGGCCGGGUACCGCCGUACGGUACACAUUAGGGUUGUAAUGAUUAGGGGUGUAGCAAUAUAUCGUGCCACGAAAUAUCGCGAUACGUGUCGUGGAGGUGACAAACUGUAGUUAUUAAUAUUAAUAUAUUUUGUUUACUAGUAGAACCGUGGUCGCACGGGGCCUCGCGCUAUGGGCCGUUUUUUUUUCGUCCUUUUUUCCUUUUUUCCCUUAUAAAUACCAACAGUCACGUUCCAUUACAGACCUAAAUGUGUACUAGUCUGUGCAUAUCAAUAAAUAUAUGUGCAAUGAUGCCCCUGUCUGUUGUUCAAUACAACUGAUCAGACCAAGCGCAGACACAAGCUGCUCUGAUCCAGACGGUGGAGUUGGAACAAACUGUCACACAAUGUCGAGAGAACGAGACAGAUUCAGGAAAUUUCCAUCAGGGGAUGAAAAAAGAAAAAAACUAAAGAAAAUGGAAGAGUUUAAUCCCUCUCUGAAAGGCUUGUUUGAUAAAUUUGUUACAAAAAUCACCGAUCUGACCGGGUCUCAAGCAGCCGUGGCCCCGCGUCGAGGCAAGAGAUGAUGAUGAGGCAGGGGAGGGUAUCCAGUAUUUUGAUCAUUGGAGAGUUAAAAUUGCGCAUAUAGACACCCGAUCCGACCCGAAAAACCAAAAAUUUUGUCAGGGCCCCCCCUGACCAUUUCACACGGGGCCUUGCAAAUCUCCCAGACGGCUCUGCUUGGGUACUUUUAUCCAGGUUUCCACUCGCUAGUUUUUUUAAACUAAAGUUUCCGCCCACCGAACAGCGGUUUAGUUUCCAUUGUUGUUUCUCGUGUUGUUUCUGAGCAUCAGUAUUACAGGGAACUUACACCGGGAACUCGUGCAACGAGAAACGUUCCACACUGUUUGGAGUGCAAAAAUAAAUUGCGAUUAAAUGCGUUUUUUUUUUUUUGUCGCGUUAUUUUUCUGUAAUUAAUUAAUUAAUCAAUCGUAAUUAACGCGAUAAAGUCCCAAACCCUAGUUAAAACAAAAUCACUACAUUGGAAAAGAAAUCAGCGUCUGCUCGUCUUGACUGGAUACAUCUGUCCCAACAUCGCGCUACAGUUUGUAUCGUGAUGUUUUUGUAUCGUGAAAUGUCGUGGCAGAUACAUUGUUCCAGCCCUAGUAACAUGUCGCCCUUUGAGGUGAACGGGUAAGAAGGAGAACCUGCAGUUCCUCUACCGACCACUAGGGGGAUUUAACGGGUAAGAAGGAGAACCUGCAGUUCCUCUACCGACCACUAGGGGGAUUUAACCUGCAGUUCCUCUACCGACCACUAGGGGGAUUUAACGGGUAAGAAGGAGAACCUGCAGUUCCUCUACCGACCACUAGGGGGAUUUAAUCUCCAUCCAGGUUACAAUGUCUGACUUUACAGCAGAAAUAAACACAUUUACUGUCUGUUUGUGUCUCCAUCAUUACAUUUGACAUCCAUGACGACUUUACUCGGGAAUCUUUCAUUUGUCCCAUCAGGUAUAAUGUUGUAAAAUCAAUAAAAAAUCA